AUGACGACGCCACCAUCUCUUUUCCACGCGCUCCUUCGCCCUUCUAUCCUCCAAAUCCUUCGCUCUACAGGCUACCAUUCGACGCGCCCAGCCGUGCUCGACUCCCUGACCGACCUCGCGGCUCGAUACCUGUCGCUUCUUUGCCAGAGCACCGCCGACCAUGCCGCUCACAACCAAGGCGACAGCGCCGACUUCACUAUAGCGGACAUACGAAUGGCGCUACAAGACGCUGGUGCCAUCAUGCCAGAGCGCGUUCCUACGGAAGAGAUGUGGCGCGGCGAGGAGGAUCUGCGGGGAGUAGAAGAGUUCAUGGCAUGGUUCGCUGGACAGCGUAUGAAGGAGAUGAUGGAGGUUGGCAGCGGGGACGGUGAAACAGAUGCCACAGAUUAUCUCAAUGCUCUCAAGAAGAAACACAGCAAAACUGGCGAGGACGCAAAGUACCACGGAACCAUACUCGGCCGUGGACACGACACAGGCGAGAUCCAAGUCGAAGGCGGCCCAGAGACUACAAUUGCAGAAUGGAUUUCCAACCGCGCGUCACCCCAGAGCAGCCCGACACCCGGCCAAGACGAACAGGAGGAUAGGGACCAACUUCCACAGCAACAAGCUCCCAAACAGAACGGCCACGCUAGCGACGAUGAGUCAGGUCUCAGCUCUGUAGGCGACCGCAUAGAUCAGGACGACACGAUGGACUUGUCCUAAGAGAGACACCAGUUCUUUUCCAUGUCGGUAUAUUUAGAAGCCGUGAAGACAUGGGGGUUAGGGUGAUUACGGCAACGGUAGUGAUUAGAUCUUGGUUUGUUUUGCAUAGCGAUGGCGUUCUUCAAGGAGGAAAAGAGGGUUGAUCGAGGGGAACAAAAGGAAGCGUCUUCGCCUUCCUUGAAUAUUAAGUUACACCUUCAGUUCAAAUUAUGAACAAGAUGAAAUCCGACAAACUAUGGAUUCAAACUGAUACUGUUGCAUACCUUGAAUACUAUGGGUUCAAGCUGGUUUACAUAGCUUUUGCCUGAACCUUUGUGUUUCAUAUAUGUAUGCAGAAAGUUGGAUACCACUUGUCUUGCCAAAGAGAUAAGAUAAUUUAGUCGCUUUAUAUAUCCCUUA